GCCGUAGCUGCGCCGGAACCGGAAGCCGAAUCUUUCCUCUUUCAGUCCAUUGAAAGAAAACAUCUACAUUAAGAUCAUCGCGAGUCAUGCGCUGAUUCUGAGCUCUGUCCGUGAGCGGCGGCAGAAUGGGCUCAGCACCGGGCAGAUUCCGCGGUGUGGCGAUCUGGCUGAUUCUCGCCGGACUCGUGCGUCUGUCAGACGGAGAUGCAGCGGGGGCCGCCGGCCCGUGGGAUCCGGAGCAGCUGGAGCAGCUGGCGGGGGAAGCGUGCGCUGAGGGCCGAUGCGAGACCGAGACCGAGACCGAAGCGCUGCUGUCCGCCGUCCUUCACAGCGACACCGGAGAGCCCCAGAGCCACAACCUCACCGAGACCGCCAAGACAUACAAAGUGACCUGCGACCGAAGGAACAUCAGCGCGACGGAGCGCGUCACGGUCCAGAUUCUCAACGCGUCUCAGGACCUGAUGGAGCUCCUGAAUGCCAACGGCACCGAAUGCUCCUUGGUUCUCUUUUAUACCACCUGGUGUCAGUUUUCGGCAAGCCUCGCCCCGCACUUCAACGCCCUGCCGCGAGUCUUUCCCAGCAUGCAGUUCCUGGCGCUCGACGCGUCCCAGCACAGCAGUCUCUCCACGCGCUUCGGCACGGUGGCCGUCCCCAACAUACUGCUGUUUCAAGGAGCCAAACCCAUGGCCAGGUUCAACCAGACAGACAGAACGCUGGAAACGCUGAGCUCGUUCAUCACAAACCAGACAGGUUUUGAAGCGAGUCCAGAUCAGGCCGUCCUGGAGGAAGACCGCGCCGGGCCUCUGCCUGCGGCUCCUGUCAAAGGCAUCGACUGGCUCUUCGUGUUUUCGGUUCUGUUCAUAUCCGGCUUCACUCUCUAUGCCAUCCUCUGCUCAGACAGCAUGCGCUGGCUCGUUCCAGGACCAGAACACGAGCAUCAGGACUAGAGUCUCUCCUGUGAUUCCAAUGUACAUACUUGCAGAAUAAAUAAGUGUAUGAAUGUAAAGA